UCAGUUUUUACAUACUUUGACCUCAUAAUUAAAUAAAUAAUUGAUGGAUGGAUCGAUAUCAAAAACAAGGAAAGCAUAUAUUAGGUUGAAUAUAAAUAAAUAUUUCAGUAUGGCUCAGCAGGGUGGCGUUUUUCUGAUAUGUGCUGCUUGUGCUGGAUAUUGACACUUAUAUGACUCCAAAUUGACACAUUAGGAGGUGCAUAUGCUUGCUGCCAGCUGAGUCGACUAGUAAGAGUAUAAUAUAUAAAGAGCAUACUGUAAAUGUAGGCUUGCCAAGAGGUCACACAUAAAUUACGGUAUAUUAAAAAAAAAAAAGUUGAAGUGAGAUGAAAUUAAAACUUAUAAGAUAAAAAUAUUGAAAAUAAGACCACUCUUUCCAUUCUGGCUGCCAGAUAAGAUGAGUUUUAGGUUAUCAGAGGCUAAAGAAAAUAAAAGAAGAGAGAUCCAACAAUGAAGAAGAUAAUAGAAUUAUUAAGAUGAACAAAAACAAAAUGGAGUAAUUUUAACCCAUGAGAAUUUAACAAUACCUGUCCACAGGAAAUUCAUAUUUGUGUUAGUUAAAGGUGUCUGAUUGUUACUAAGUAGCUUCUAAAGUCACACCAAUAUUUGUCAAAGAGGUGUGGUUUCGUUUUGAUGUUAAACAUAACUGAUAAGCGUAUAAGAGGAGCUUUCUUUCAUUUAAAAAAAAAAAAUUGGCCUGGUGGUGUGAACAUUUUACAAGUACUCCUUAAAUGGCCAUAAUUUGUUCAAAAUUCAAGUGGUUUCAGAAAGAAGAGAAGAUAAGCUUUAGGGGACAUCAUGGUAACACGACGCAUUCACAAGAUAUAUUGUCAUACUCAGACACUUGGCGAAUAAACUCUCAAACGAUGUGUGAAUACGAUCACUCGAGUGAUCACUUGAGUCUUAAGAUAGCUGGUAUUCUCUUAACUUACUGGUUGUAAGUUAAGAGCUGGUUUUGUUUAGCUGGCUCUUCUCUGCUGUCGAGUAAGUCAACCAGUAAGAUUGCGUGUACAGUAAUUAUUGUCGACAAUAUCGGGAAUAAAUAAAUGUAUUGUGUUAGAGCUCUGACUUAAAAGAGGAGGAAGUGGAAGAAGUGGAGUUGAGUAAGAAGAGAGCGCAAUGAGGAAGAAAUACAUGAUAAAAUAUACAAAUGUUAAAUGGUCGAAUAUAAUUUAAAAGGGGUGAUCUUUAAAUUAAAAACGAACUCAUAAUUAACACUUUACAGCAUUUUUUUUAAAACUAUAUUUCAUGUAAAGUUCAUCAGAUCUCAUUUAUCCUUCAUAAUUCUCGGGUAUCUGGACUAUCACAUUAGAAAUCCAUUGUGGUGUAGAGGGUUAGAUGAUAGAAGGCUUAGAGGGGAGUGUCUGCCCAUUUCUAAAGGAGGUCAAAGCAUUCAUUUCCAGUAAUCUUGCCUAGUUUGACAAACUGGACCUUGUUUGUUUUGGAACAUAUGAUGUUUGGCAUAUGAUGCAAGUAAUAGUUGCUGUCAUAGAUUUUGGCAUUUACUAUCUAAGGAAAAUUCAGUCAAAAAUGAGUGCAAGUGGAGUGUAUUUGUGUACAAAGGUCUUUGUGGCUUUGGUGUUUACUGAGUACGAAGUAACAAGGAAAUGCUCGGCUCGUGUUUCACUAACUAUCUGAUUCGGCUCAUCUUUCAGUGAAGCACUCAUGCAAAGGGCUGAGCAGUUUCAGUGAAGAUUGUUUCUUCCUAAAUUAUCUCUCACAAAUACAGAUGUUUUGCAGCUGCAUGUAUUUGUGUAGUAUGCAGUAUUUGCUCAGGUUCACUCUGUGGGUCCUUCAUCCUUGACUCAACGCAGCUCAUUCUAGGUUUGAUUUGCAUGAUUUGUUUUUAAGCAGUUUGCAUCAGCGCACCUUCACUCUAAAAAUCUACCGGCGUGCCUUUCUAUUUCCAGUCUGCCUGUUUUUGGAGCCAAUAAACACAUUCAGAGACAGUUGUUAGGUUGUUUUCUUUUUUCUUCUUGCCGUAUUGAAUAUCAAUGAUUUUUCAAAGCAGGAAAUAGAAGAUAAGUCACCACUCUUGGCCUUGUUGUUAUCUCCCUCCCUUUCUGAUGCCUCCUCCCUCUGGGUCUACUCGUUUUUCCGACACAUUCAUUAAGGCCCUCGUGUGCGAACAAGUGUUGUUUUUUUCCCCGUCUUGUAUUUGAUGCAGCCGAGUCCACAACAGCUCUGUUUCAAUGAAAAGGUCCAAGGGUUCUAGGUCUCGUUCCCGUUCUCGCUCGCACUCUCCGUCCUAUAGAAACUAUCCUUCUCGGGACUAUCAGAACAACAGAGGUGGCUUCAGAGGUUACAACAGAGGCUACCGUAGGCCGUACCACUACCGAGGUAGAGGCCGAGGCUAUUACCAACGCGGCCAUUACCAAAACAGAGGUGGAGGAGGUUAUGGCUAUAAGGGUAAUUGGCAGGGUGGUGGUGGUGGUGGAGGAGGAGGAGGCGGCGGCGGUGGUGGCGGCGGUGGCGGCGGCUGGCAUGAUCGGCAUCAUGACCAGGACCACCAUUCUCACAGCCCCAGGAGGGGCCGCUCACGCUCCCGUACACCCAGGAAGCGCUCGGGCAGCCGGAGCCGCUCCCGCUACUCUGAUCGUUCGUCUUCUGGACGAUCCCGCCAUUCUAGGCGCUCCAGCUACUCCUCUCGGUCCCGCUCCUCAUCCCCACGCCACCGCAGCAGCAAGGGAAAGCCCAGCAACAAGGAUGCUAAAGACAAGCCAGUUGAAAGUCAGGUUGAGAAGUCUACUCCGGAACCAGAUGGCAGCGUCAUCGAGAAGGCAUCUGGUGGCAAAUGGAUUGACUACGACGCAAGCCCCAAACCAACCAGCCCAGAGACUAAGAAAGAGGACGCGCCUUCUGGUCCUGAGGUCAAAGGGCCCACCAGUGGUGGCACUAUGUGGAAAACCAUCAGCAGUGCAUCACCUCCAGCAAAGAGCCCCACAAAGUCUGGACAAACGGCCUCGUUCAGCGGAUUUGGAUUCUUCUCAAAGGAUGAUGUCAAAACUACAGAUAAGACUGUGAUCUCUGCUGCCUUCAAAAAGUUUAUGGCUGAGAACAAAAACAAAAAGCAGGCAGCUGAAAAGGAGAACAGUCGUGAAAAGGAGCAGAUCACCGUAGAUAGAGAACAAGAGAAAAGUGGCAAAACUGGAGAGCUCUUCAACCUCUCGUCCUUUGGUGACAUCAAGGAAGACAAGACUAUGCCUUUCUUUGAGGCUGGAGAAGAAGAGUUCCUCAAAUCACACGGGAUGAAAGAGAGAGACCUUGAGGAGGAUGCUGAGGUAAAACCUACCCUCGUAGCUCGGGACAUGUUCGGGAAAUGGGGGGACGAGUCAAGCUAUUCAACAUCUUACCCGUCCAUUAAGGAGAAAGUCCGUGUAGACCCCGAAGACAUAGACCCCAUUGAUGAUGUGGAGGAGGAGUUGUACCGAAGCCGCAAACAUAAGAAAGAGGAGAAGUCCAAGAAGAAGGAGAAGAAAGAAAAGGAGAAGGCCAGAAGGAGUUUGUCCCCACCAACCACUUCAAGAGAGAAAGACCGGCCACUGUUCCCUGGAGCUUUUCCUCCUCGUGAACAAUCGCCCGCACCGCGUCUGUUUGCAUCAAAAGAAGACUUUGAGCUCAGAAUCGCUUCUUUAGAUGAACUUCCCAGCUCCUCCCUCUCUAAAGAUCGCCACCUGCCCCGGGAGCUGCUGAAUGCCACUAAGAAGGAUCCGGAAUUUCGCUCCAUUUUCCAGCACAUUCAGUCCACACAGCUCCGCCGCAGCCCGUCUGAGCUGUUCGCUCAGCACAUAGUCUCUAUUGUGCACUACAUCAAAGCUCAACACUUCCACUCCUCUGACAUGACUCUAAGUGAGCGCUUUGCCAUGUACCAAAGAAAAGCUGCAGAGGCAGAAAUGAUGAAGCCAAGGAAGAGCCCAGAAAUCCACAGGAGAAUCGAUGUUUCCCCCAGUGCUUUUAAGAGGCACUCUCACCUGUUUGAGGAUUUGGAGGAGGCAAGCUACAAGGACCCAAGUAAAAAGUUCAAAGGCGACGUGAUGGACCUUCGCCUGGAUAUUGAAAGACGUAAGAGGUUUGCUGGGAAGGAGCGCGACUUCAAGCGUGAAGGGGCCAGGAGCCCGGGAGGCUCCCAGGGACUGAGUAGAGAGAGGUCCUCUGAGAAAUCUGGGAAGCACCACAAGAAAUCCAAGAAGGGUAAGAAGAAGCGGGAUCGCUCUCCUUCCUCUUCUUCCUCCUCAUCCUCCCAGUCCCCUUAUCCUCCGCCAUUCCGAGGCAAAGAAUACAUGGGGGAAGGGAUGGAGCACCCUGAGGAGGGCUUCAGCCACACACGCUAUCCACCGCGGGACUACGCUGGCCCUGGUGACCGAGGCCCUCGAGAUUAUGAGGGCCAUGGCAUGGAGAGAGGCAGAGGCCGUGGAUUUUUCCCCAGAGUCAGAGGAAGAGGUUGGAGCAGGGGAAAUUACCCUGGAAACAACAGCAAUGGAAACCCUGCCAACAUAAAUCCUCCAGUGCGGCCGCCUGACGAGGAGUGGGACCCUGAAUACACCCCCAAGAGCAGGAAGUACUACCUGCACGAUGAUCGCGAUGGAGAGAAAACCUGGGUUGAUAACCGGGGCAGAGGCCGCGGCUCCUUCCCCACUCGCCGAGGCCGCUUCGUGUACCGGAAGGGAGGCAGCAGCCCAAAGUGGACCCACGACAUGUAUCAGGGAGGAGAGGAGGGGGAGCUGGCAGACGACAGCCUGGAAGUCGACCAUAAAGAAGCCAAGGGCGCCGGGGAUGCGCCGAGCCUGAAGCAGUAAAGCUCUCGCUCCAUCACCUACAUGUAGAAGUCCUAUCAGAGCGGUUAGUGGUGAUGAAGGGGUUAAAUUUCUGUUUUCUCCAUCUUGCUUCAUCUCACGUUUUAACGGUUAACAUGUUCAGUGAGUUCUCUGUGUAGAAGCGAAAAGAGGAGCGUAACUGUUACUGUGAUUGUUUUUUUUGUUUUGUUUUGGUGUUAAAUGGUGAGUUUUGAUUUGUGUUUAUCGCAUCGGCAAAGAUUCGAAAAGGUAAAAAAUGUUUCCGCGGACACGGCAAAAAAGAAAAGAGAUUGUGCCUUAGGAAAUAAUACGGUCACGUGUCCGUCUGAUAUGUUUGAAGGUGAAAGCGUGUAGGAGAAAUCUGAUUAAUCUGUUUUGGGGGUUUUUGUUUUGUUUUUUUUAAAUGCAUGAGACAUUUGAUUCAUACGUUGCUCAACGGGACCAAUCGGAGGCAGCUGCCCGGCUCGCUGAUUCGCAGACGUGGCGGUCUCCCCGGGCGUUCGUCACUUCUGCUUUCUGAGCUUUUACACGCAGCUCAUCAGCAGCUGCUGCGUAUUCUCGUUGGUUUGUGGAUGUUUCCAUAGUAAGACGGAUGUGUUUUAGACAGAAAACGCGUGAACAUUUUUCCGGCGCCGUCAUAUCUGUUUAGAUAAGAGGCCAUGUUUGUCUAGAUUUUUAAUUAAAAUAAAAUCAGUAGUGUUACAUGACAUAAUCCAUGUAUAGAAUUAGAUCUGAAGCUUUGUAAUCCUGCAGUUUUACUUGUGUAAAGAAAAAAAAAAAAAACUAACUGAAGAGAAAUGUGAAGAUUUGUGGGGAAAAAAAACAAACAUGAUGUGAUGAUUUUAAAUGGAAUCGACCUGAACUAGCAGAACUAGUUUGGCCACAUCUCGCCGCGCCCUUCUCGUCCACGUUCGACUGUACAUACUGCAUGAAUCAAACAGGACUGAUUUUGUUCGGUCUGAUGCUGAAAUCUUUUUUACUGUUCAAGAGCUUUGAACUACCCGUCUUUUAAUUUUCAAUAAAUUUUUCUUUGAUUCGGGGCA